AUCAACGUUUCGAAAAUUUAUUUUUAGGUUAAAAAUCGUAACUUUUAAUUGGUAGUAGCUAAUUUACCAUAUUGAGCCAAUUAAGCGAGAUAAUCAACUUAAGAUUUAUCAUAAGUUAGAGCCAUGGCUGAAGCUACAGGCGAAAAGUUGUCAAAGAAUGAAUUGAAACGUCGUAUGAAAGCGGAGCAGAAGCUUAAAGAGAAGGCGGAAAAAGCCGCUCAGCAACCGGUCGUUGAUACGGAAAAGAAAGCGUCAAAGGUUAAUGAAGAGGAAAUUAGUCCAAAUGAGUAUUACAAGUUGCGAACAGCUGCCGUGGCAGCCCUCAAGGAGGGUCCCAAGGACCAGCACCCCUACCCGCACAAGUUCAACGUUACGAUUUCUCUGGAGGAGUUCAUCAACAAGUACAAUAAUUUAGGAAAUGGAGAAGUACUUGAGAAUGUUACAUUGAGUGUUGCCGGCAGAGUUCAUUCUAUUAGGGAGUCUGGAGCCAAACUGAUCUUUUAUGAUUUGAGAGCAGAGGGGUUCAAAAUUCAGGUGAUGGCUAAUGCCAAAUUGUAUGAGUCUGAGGACAAGUUUGCCCCAGACACUGACAAGUUAAGGCGAGGCGACAUCAUUGGCUGUGUGGGGCAUCCCGGCAAGACCAAGAAGGGGGAACUCUCCAUCGUGCCCAAAACCAUCAAGCUGCUGUCUCCCUGUCUGCACAUGCUGCCGCAUCUGCACUUUGGUCUUAAGGACAAAGAAACAAGAUUUAGGAAGAGAUAUUUAGAUUUAAUUUUGAAUGAUAAGGUUAGGCAGACAUUCUACACAAGAGCAAAAAUCAUUGCAUACAUAAGACGAUUCCUGGACAACAUGGGUUUUCUUGAAAUAGAGACUCCCAUGAUGAACAUGAUUGCCGGUGGCGCCACGGCCAAGCCUUUCAUCACACACCACAAUGAUCUCAACAUGGACUUGUUCAUGAGAAUAGCCCCUGAAUUAUACCACAAAAUGCUGGUAGUAGGAGGCUUGGAUCGCGUCUAUGAAAUUGGAAGGCAGUUCAGAAAUGAAGGCAUUGACCUGACUCACAAUCCAGAGUUCACUACUUGUGAAUUUUAUAUGGCCUAUGCUGAUUACAAUGAUUUGAUGAACAUCACUGAGACCAUGCUUUCUGGUAUGGUUAAGAGCAUCCAUGGAUCAUACAAGGUAAAAUACCAGCCAGAUGGGCCUGAAGGAGAAGAAGUAGAGAUAGACUUCACUCCUCCAUUUGCGCGAGUGCCUAUGAUCUCUACCCUGGAGAGUGUCCUCAAGGUGAAGCUGCCGCCUGCUGACAAACUGGACACUGUUGAAGCCAACACGCUCCUCAGCCAACUGUGCGAGAAGCAUGAGAUUGAAUGCCCACCUCCUAGGACUACUGCCCGACUGCUGGACAAGUUAGUAGGAGAGUUUCUAGAAGACAAAUGCAUCAACCCAACAUUCAUCCUGGACCACCCGCAAAUCAUGAGCCCACUGUCCAAAUAUCACAGGGAAAUUCCUGGGCUUACAGAAAGGUUUGAAGUGUUCGUAAUGAAGAAAGAAAUCUGCAACGCUUACACGGAGUUGAAUGACCCAGCAACCCAGAGGGAGCGAUUCGAGCAGCAGGCCAAAGACCGAGCAGCGGGCGAUGACGAGACCCCGCCCACCGACGAAGCCUUCUGCACGGCGCUGGAGUACGGCCUGCCGCCCACGGGCGGCUGGGGCUUGGGAGUCGACAGGCUCACUAUGUUCCUUACUAACUCGAAUAAUAUCAAGGAGGUGCUACUGUUCCCAGCAAUGAAGCCUGACGACCCUAACAAACACAACACGGAAGACGGCAAUGCGGCUGCACCCGAGGCUCCUAAUGGAGUAUAACUUUAAACCUAAGAAAAUUAUAUUUAUUGUCUUUU